ACGAAAAUGUCAUUGAAGGAAUGCUUGGAGGAAAGCAGCCUCAGUGUGCUUCAGCACUAGUAAAGGACGGGAGUGGUUGUGCAGCGUGGCCUUAACACCAUAAUUUGUGGAAAUAUGUUGGCCUGGAGGGUAACAUCUCGCCUCCUGCCAGUGGUGAGGCCGAAAAAUGUGCAGUGGCUAGUAGUGGGUAGCCGUUGGUCAUCUGGCCUCACUGGUAAUGAAACCAUGGCCGAGGAUGAUCCAGAGAUGUGGCAGCUUGUGCAGGAGGAAAAAUUUCGCCAGAAACGUGGCCUUGAGCUCAUCGCAUCUGAAAACUUCUGCACACGUUCAGGGCUGGAAGCUCUAGGGUCCUGCCUCAACAACAAAUACUCUGAGGGCUAUCCUGGCCAGAGGUACUAUGGUGGUACAGAUGUUAUAGACAAGGUUGAAAGACUUUGUCAAGAGCGUGCCUUAAAUGCCUUCCGUCUGAAGCCAGAAGAUUGGGGGACUAAUGUUCAGCCAUAUUCAGGGUCCCCAGCCAACUUUGCUGUAUACACAGGUCUACUUAAACCACAUGAUCGCAUCAUGGGUCUUGACCUACCUGAAGGUGGACAUUUGACUCAUGGCUUCAUGACUGACAACAAAAGAAUAUCUGCAACUUCUAUCUUCUUUGAGUCUAUGUCGUACAAGCUCAACCCUGCCUCAGGGCAGAUUGACUAUGACAAACUCCAUGAACAUGCUCGUCUCUUCCGGCCAAGAAUGAUCAUUGCAGGUGCCAGCGCUUAUGCAAGACUAAUUGACUACAAGAGAAUGAGAGAGAUUGCAGAUGAGGUGAAGGCCAUUUUGUUGGCAGAUAUGGCACACAUCUCUGGUCUGGUGGCAGCUGAUUUAAUUCCCUCACCAUUUGACCAUUGCCAUGUUGUUACGUCUACUACACACAAAACUCUACGGGGACCCAGGUCUGGUCUGAUAUUCUUCCGUCGUGGAAUAAAGUCGGUAGACAAGAAAACUGGAAAACCAAUAUUGUAUGACCUGGAACAACGCAUUAACUCUGCUCUCUUUCCCGGACUGCAGGGUGGACCCCACAACCAUGCUAUUGCUGCUGUUGCCGUAGCGCUUAGACAGGCUACAACCCCAGAAUUCAAAAAAUAUCAAGAACAGGUGAUGAGCAAUUGUCGGACAAUGGCAGAUGAACUGCUGAAGUACGGCUACAACUUGGUCUCUGGUGGAACUGACAACCAUUUGAUCCUGGUAGAUCUUCGGCCAAAAGGUCUGGAUGGUGCAAGGGUAGAGAGUGUGUGCAACAUGUGUAAUAUCACUGUCAACAAGAACUCUGUUCCUGGGGAUAAGAGUGCUCUUACCCCUGGUGGGCUCAGGCUAGGAACCCCAGCACUCACAUCACGUAAUUUCAAGAAUGAAGAAUUUAAGUAUGUUGUUGAGCUCUUGGACCGAGCCUGCUGCAUUGCCCUUGAUGCAAAGAAAAAAUCUGGAAAGAAACUUUCAGAUUUUAAAGCAAUAAUUGUAAAUGAUGUAGAAAUCAAGACAAAAAUUGAAGCCUUACAAGCUGAAGUUAAUGAAUUUUCGUUGAAAUUCCCAAUGCCUGGGUUUGACGACCAUUAAUUUGUUCUUAUCAAUGUUGAGAGCUUUGGGUGGUAAAAAAGUGUCAAUAUGAGGGAAAACACAUUAGUCUGAAAAUUAAUAAAUAAUAUUGGUUUGUCACAGCCAGCCUUAAUGCAGUGUCUGCAUAAAUUUUGACCUUAAAGAUUUAUAGUAACGCUUUGGGCGAGCGAGCGCCAAACCACCCGUAGGUGGACCAGGCAUUCCACGUGAGCGCGCGAUAAUACUGAAAAGUGUAUGAUCUUUUCAAUUUUGUCACCUUAAUUCUUAUCAAAGAUUUUUAAUUUUAUUAUCAAUGUGUUUGCAAUAGAAUUCCCUGCAGGAGUACUGUCUAUGCACAAUGUCCAAAACCGCAGUGCAUCCCACCUACAGCCAAGCCAAAGGUUUUGAAAUUUUUGACGCUCCGAUGCGUCAUUCCGGCACAUUCGUCUAAUAAAUUUUUGUUGCCAUAUUGCGUCGUCCCCAAGCGAAAGUGUUAAGCUGCAGUGAAGAAAGAUGUACUGUGAACACAUUUAUGUUAAUGAGGAAAUUAUGUAGUUUAUGAAAAGCUAUUCCCCCAGGACUUUGAAGCAUAACAAAUACGUCAAAUUAAAGAUUUAACAUCAUUGCAGAAAGAAAUGGCAAGUGCAGCUUCAACUUCAGUUGUUUCACAGCAAACACAGCGAAACUACGACGUUCGAACAACCAAUAUAGCAAGUUGUAACGUUCUAAUACGUCAAACACGUUAAGCCAAGAUGUAACAACUUUAUUACAAGUUGUAACAAGCAGAAAAUAGUGACUGUUACGGUUUGUGUUUCCAGGGUUUCUAAUACAGUAUAAAGUUCCUUGUGCAAUUGUGUUAUUGACUAGCUGUGGCUGUCUGGUUAAAUGGAAAGAAGAGAGAGAGAGUGCACAUUUCUAAUAUAUUCAAUUUCACAAUGCUUGUGGGUAUACAAUAUAUUUUGUUGUUCCAUUGUCUGUGGAGAUAGAGAUUGUCUGGUUUGCCAACUCUAGAACUCCCAUCAUUACCCCCUCCCCACCAUCACCAUCCCGUCAAAUAACUGUUUGGUAAUUUGUUUGAAAUUUUUUUCUUUAAAUUUCAUACAUUUGAACUUCAUACAAAGUUCGUUCAUUGAGACGGUGGCCAGUGUGUGGCAAUUUUCCCAUAAAUGUUCAUUGUUAAUUAUUAAACCUUUAAAACCGA